AGGUGGUAUACGUAGCAGCAGCUAAUGCACAGCAUCAGGGCAGGUCAACGUGCACGGUUGCAAUGGGCUCGCGGUGGUGUCAAUCAUGUCUGAUACCGAUCGUGGGAUGGCAUCGCAAGUGUGAUUUGUGGGGUCUCGUUGGAGUGUUAGCAAGACGGGGAUUGGAUCUGAAAACAGCUGAAAGCCACGGCAGCAACCCUCAAUGCGGAUUGCCCAACAGCUUUUCGGGGAAGAAAACGAAACAAACCACAGCUCCGUUGGGCGUCCAGUGUGUGUCCAGUGUGAAGCUGACAAGCAGACAAUCGAGCACAAGAGUGGAAGCAAUGAAUAAUUCCAGCCUCGGAGACCGCUUGUACUUUGCGGCCGCCUGACCUUGACGUGACAUUCUUUUCCGGAAUGGCGGGUUUUGCGGUUAGCUGGAACAAAUUGCCCUUGGCACUAGGAAGACCAAGAAACAACACCAUCACGUUAGGUAUCAGAUAUGGGAACUGGUCCCGAUUUAACCUUUUCCGAGAACUUGCAUCCUGCACCACUCCCCAAACAGGAGCAGGCCGACAACUCCUCGGCUCCUGUCUUGUCCGCCCUGCCUGCAUACCCGACGCUGCCCCCUAUUUGGGACUCGACACACUCGCCCGCAUUGAGCGCAUCUUCGUCGUCCACAAUGCAGGCCUCAGCCUCUUCGCUAUCCUCGUUGCCGCCGCUUGUUCUGCAUCCUCCCUCGUCAGGACUACAGCCCAACAAACCACGAUCGCGCUCGCCAUCGUCUAACCGUUUCCAGACCCGUGAGCCGGCACCAUUAUCGCUCUUCGAUGGCAGCCCUACGACUGAACUUCCGCCUAUUCAGCUGAACCGUGAAAGGAGCAGCUCGGAUCACUCCCUCCCAUCGAUAGCAUCGCUGAAUGUUGGAGGCUCGCUCCCAACUCUGCAGCCAACGCCAACACCACAACCUCCUCCGAAGCUUGUCUGGCCGAAUUCCAACCCAUUGUCGGCCUACUAUACUGAGAAUGAUAACGAUGGACGUGGCGCAUCUCCCCAGCAGCGUCAUGACCGAAGAUCGACCAGUGUCAGCCUGGAUGAUCCGCAGGUCAUGAUGGCUAUCUCCGCCCUGAACGAAUUGAAAACCGAUUCAGUUUCUUCUCCUCCCAACCGUAAUACGCCACUGCGCGCUGGGACGACGGACCGGAACCAAGAACCCGAGCCUCUAUUGUCGCUUAUAACCACAGCCCACCCGAUCAUCGAAAGCACGGUGCAGCGAUCUUCUCACCUUUAUACAAAGACCAAGAACUUUUCGCCCCGUAUCAGAUCAGGCCUCGAAUACGUCGAGGGCUCGCUAAUACCUGUUGCGGACACGGUGAACAAUGUCGGUCGCAGAACCGGAAUCGAGUCCGGCGUCAGAUGGAUUCUUGGAAAGCGGACUAAGAGUUCCAGUGAUACUCGUGAGAGUGGCCAGAACAAGCGGCAUAUGACUUCGAGGCCAAUAAACGGUACAGGGGGCGAGGCACGAUUUUCAGAAGCUUCCACCACCGAUGGAUCCCGCCGGACUUCGAUUAGCACCAUUGAGACGUUGCCCGCUUAUGACGACCAGCGAUCGCCAGCUUACUCUGAGACGGUUGAACAAAAUGGUCAAUCAGUCGAUCCCAAGUCGGCGCUCCAUUCGCAGAUGGGGGGUGGACGGGUCCAGGUGACCACAUCCAGUCUCAAGGAGACCAUGAAGGAGGAAAGUUUACGUUCGCUCAAGUAUGUGCUUGAGACGUUGAGGGAUGUGACCAACACCCUCCAGCAGGGCACCAACGAGUUGAGCUCAGUACUUGAUCAGUAUGACAGGACGACAACCAGAAGGGAUGGUGAAGACCAUGUCAUGACCAACGCGUCCGCGCCGGAAGAAGAUCGUACGAAGCUGGUGGAGCGUAUGACUCAACUUCGGAAGAGCAUUUACUCCAACAUCCAGGACGUCUCGUCGGUUGUCGCCAACUACACUGGCGCUGCUUUGCCCGAAAAUGCCGGCAACCUUGUCCGGCACCAUCUUCUCAGCCUACCCAUGGUUUGGAGUCAGGCUAGCAAACACACCUCGAGCGAGCAACCAAACACGCAAGACCCGAAUGCACUUGUGCGCAAGGCUGCCAAGGUCGCUCUCUCCUUUAGCAAAGAGGGAUUCCAUAUUUUCUCCCAGAUCAUGGAGAUCAUCCGUACCGCAACCGAUCACGCGGAGGACUGGAGGAACAAGAAGAUGAACCAAUCGAACCCCAUGAACGGCGCAGAGCAUGAGAUCCGACCUAUGGUUGACCAACCUCUUCCGCAGGCCGUUACCAUUAAUGGUGAUAUUCCCAUGAGGUAAAGACUCGUGGAAUAUUCGGGAGAAAAAACCCCAGCGAGUAGCUACUGUUACAAGGAACUUAGUUUAUUAUUCAAAAGCAGGAUGGCUUGGAUGGUUGGGGUUUCGGCGAGUAAAAACUUUCGUUACGAUUAGAGCUUUUUUGGUCGGCGUAAAAAGCUGAGCUUGGUUGAUUGGGUGGGAUUUGAGAGACUUGUGCCGAAUCUUGGGGACAUUAACCGUUAUAUACCACUUUUUCUUUUCGUUUGUUUCAUUAGUUGAUCACAUUUGGGAUACCGACAAGUUCUGGCGCCUGGGAGUACUCUCCACACCAUAUCACCCUUACUGGGUUGGCUAUCUGGCACUAUGUAGAUGGUUCAUUCGUCCAAUUUACCACUUCUGACCGUCUUUCAAU